GGCCAUUGGCCCCCCCACGAGCUACACCUCGGCUUCGAUAUAAUCCUUUUGACACAUCUCUCUCUAAUCUCUACGCACGCAUCUCUCUCAUCUCGCGAGGGCUAUAUCGUGUUCUCUUUUGUGCUUAUCGAUCAGUUUUGCUUAGUUGGAUCGGUUUACUUCGUUUUGGUUUGCGCGUAGCUUCGGAUUCAGCUGCACAAGGAAAACGGUGCAGUGUUCUUCGAUUUCGAGAAUUCUGUCCAGCACAAGAGGUUCAGAUUGCUGAGUCUCAAUCUUAAGCUAGAUUCAGAGUUAAGUCCAAGACAUCAUGUUGAAUGGAGUUGUGCAACCUGUUAAUGAUGCUAUUGAGAGGAGCAGACAAACUGUGCAGCCAUACCAAUCUCUCUGGCUGGCUCAUUGGAAGCGAACAGACUGCGAUGCAGCAGGAGAUUCCACUAGUCCCAGUGCUUCUCGAAGCGAGGAACUUGACUAUGUUGCUAGGAAAGAUGGUUUAGCGAAGGGAGUGGAGACUUCUUCGAGGUCUGCCACUGUAGGGUUGACUAAGAAAAGAACGUUUGAUAUUGGUGAUGAUUUCAUUACAAUAGGUGGGAGAAGCAUAGGAAAUGACAGAGUGAUCAGUUCUCUGGAUGAUCAAAACACUGCAGUCUUGUCCAGGUUGAAUCCUUUGAAGGGAAGUUUUGUCGAGUCUCAUGUUUCGCCAGAAGAAUAUGGCAUCGAAACAUACAAGUUCGACAAAGGAAAAGCUGUAGCAUCUGUUAGUUCCAGUCAAAGAAGUGCUAAUAUGAGAAUUCUGGAGCACGAACAGUGUUGUGAGCGUAGGGAAACUGAUUUACUUUGUGAAAGAAAAGUGGGAUCCACUUCGCGAUCAAACAAUUCCUCAGAUGAAUGUUUGAGGGAUAGCAUUUCAUGCGACCAUUGCUUGCCAAUGAUCAACCGGGCCUGGUUUUUGAAGAUGCAGAAGAGUUCAGGUAUCAGACUGUCUCCGAGUCAGUCCAAUUCUUCAGAGGAAAAUGAAACGACGAAAUCUCAUAUUGAUUCUUGCUCUCACCUGAAGUUGCAGAAAUGUGAUCAUGGUUUGGGAACAAUGAGGAUCCGCACUGGCGUGGAAGUCCCAGGAGGGAUGGGUGGUCGCUUUCCUUGGUUUUCUGAGACGAAUAAUGAUCUGUUAAUGAAAAAAAAGACAGAUGUCAAUGCAUUCAAAGAAAAUGAUACAUUUAGAAGUAAAAGAGUUACUAGUAAAAUUAAUGGAAAUCUGUCUGAUGACCUUUGUAGCGUACUACCAUUUUUUGGUCAAAAUAAGCAAACAUUACCACUUCACGCUCUGAGUAGUUUGAACAAUAGUGAAGUGAAGGAAUAUAUGAGAGACGUGAAGGCUUCUACGGUUACUAUAGGGAAUGAAUUAUCAGCUGAGACAGAUACCAUGGAUAUGGACUCUUUGAAGGAGAAGAAAUAUGAGAAGAGCCUGCGUUCUGGUAUUUCUGCUUCAAUUUCAACUGCAGCCUUAUUAACUAAGGCCUUCAAUACGGAGCCAAACGACAUUGUUUCCUCUAGAGAAAUCGGGCAUGGACGGCUGAACAAUGAGCUACCUGAUAUCAUCAAGUCGGAGCUUCCUGCCUUACCCGGUGCAGCUAGUUCGCCACAGCAUACGUGCCCAAGCUCGUCAAAGACUCUCACCCUGGAGACAGACGAGCUGCUCGAGCAUGUCAAGCAUCCCAAAGCGAAGCUCAAUUCUAGCCCAGAUGAAUCUCCGCAUGCAGAUGCUGGCAACAGAUGGGUUAAGCGCCUCAAGCUGAGCUCUUCAAAGAGCCCAAAUUAUGCUUCAACCGCGCCUCUUGAAAGGACGAGCAAGCUUUUCAACGGCAUUCCCAGGAGUGAGUCGACUCCAAGCCUAAGCAAGCACCACGACAAAAGGUCAGUUUUACCAGAUAAGAGUGGGGACUUGUUGAAGAUAGACGACACAGAGAACCCAAACAUAGGGACCAAGACGCUGCUGCUGUCGCAGGCUUGGAUACAGAGAUGGCUGCACAGUGGGAGGAGAGGAGGCAAGAGAGAGCCCAGAACGGAAGCUAUUUUCGAACCGGAGGGUUCGAAAUCAGCAGCGGAGAAGCUCCAAAAGGAGCAGUUUCCGAGCAUCGCGGCAAUGGCGCUGAUGUCGAAGGUUCUAACCUGUUUUCAGCAGUGUGAGCUCCAGAAUAAGGGAUCUUACACUGUUUGGAACACAAAGACUGUCUAAUUAUGUUUUGGUUGCGUCAUGUUUAGUAGAUUUUGUCCUAAUUUGUGGCUACAUUUCCUUUCUGUUCGCACCUUGUUGUUAACUUGAAUAAACUGCUCGAGAAAUUCAAAUUUCCUAGUAUCGUAGUAUUACCGAAAGCACAUGGGAUCUUGUGUCUCAUUUUCAGUGUC